GAGCCCGCGCGCGAGUCCGCGCCACGUGCUACAUCGGGAAAUUCGAGAAACUUCGCCGGCGGCCGUGGCGAGAGGGCGAGAGUUUCUCGCCGGCCGGGGGGACAUCCUGGUGCGCGAUUUUCGCCCGCGUCGACGGAAUACUCUCUUCUCUUCCUCGCGGACGGCUUGCGCGAGAAUAGGCGCGCGGUUGGUCGACCGAACUUCAGUCAGAUGCACAGACUACCUACCAUGUUGAGAGGAGCAGCCCUGCGCCAGUUGCAGGCACGCACCUAUGCCAAAGACGUGCGCUUUGGGGCGGAGGUCCGCGCCCUGAUGCUGCAGGGCGUCGACAUCCUGGCAGACGCCGUCGCCGUGACGAUGGGUCCCAAGGGACGCAACGUCAUUCUGGAGCAGAGCUGGGGCAGCCCGAAGAUCACGAAGGACGGCGUGACCGUGGCCAAGGGCAUCGAGUUGAAGGACAAGUUUCAGAAUAUCGGUGCCAAGCUGGUGCAGGACGUAGCCAACAAUACCAAUGAGGAAGCCGGGGAUGGCACCACGACCGCGACCAUACUAGCUAGAGCGAUAGCCAAAGAGGGAUUCGAGAAGAUCAGCAAAGGCGCCAAUCCCGUGGAAAUUAGGCGAGGCGUGAUGCUGGCGGUGGACAAAGUCAAAGAUGAGCUGAAAACGCUGAGUAAGCCCGUCACGACACCCGAGGAGAUCGCGCAAGUGGCGACGAUAUCCGCCAACGGCGACAAGGCCGUCGGCAACCUGAUCUCGGACGCUAUGAAGAAAGUCGGGAAGGAGGGGGUGAUCACUGUUAAGGACGGCAAAACUCUCAUCGACGAGCUGGAGGUCAUAGAGGGGAUGAAGUUCGACAGGGGCUACAUCUCCCCGUACUUCAUCAACUCCAGCAAGGGCGCGAAGGUCGAGUUCCAGGACGCGCUCCUUCUCUUCAGCGAGAAGAAGAUCUCCUCCGUUCAGAGCAUCAUACCGGCCCUGGAGCUGGCGAACUCGCAGCGCAAACCCCUCGUUAUAAUCGCCGAGGAUGUGGACGGCGAGGCUCUGUCCACCCUCGUCGUUAAUCGCCUCAAGAUCGGGCUGCAAGUGGCCGCGGUCAAGGCCCCCGGGUUCGGCGACAAUAGGAAAGCUACCCUCCAGGAUAUGGCGAUAUCCACCGGUGGCAUUGUGUUCGGCGACGACGCCAAUCUCGUCAAAUUGGAAGAUGUGCAGCCAAGCGACUUGGGCCAGGUCGGAGAAGUUAUAAUUACGAAGGACGACACUCUCAUCCUGAAGGGUAAGGGAAAGAAGGCUGACCUCGACAGGAGAGCCGAUCAGAUCAGGGAUCAGAUCGAAAACACCACGUCCGACUACGAGAAGGAGAAGCUGCAGGAACGCUUGGCGAGGCUGGCGUCCGGCGUGGCCGUCCUGAGAGUCGGCGGGAGCAGCGAGGUGGAAGUGAACGAGAAGAAGGACCGUGUGCACGACGCGCUCAAUGCCACUCGCGCCGCCGUGGAAGAAGGAAUCGUUCCCGGAGGUGGCACCGCGCUGUUGAGAUGCAUACCGGCGCUGCGGCAGCUGAAGGCCGUGAACGGCGACCAGGAGAUUGGGAUCAACAUCGUGGCGAACGCGCUGCGUAUGCCGUGUCUGCAGAUCGCGCAAAACGCCGGCGUCGACGCCAGCGUCGUGGUGGCCAAAGUGAGCGAGGGCAAGCUCGGCUACGACGCCCUGAAGGGCGAGUACGUCGACAUGAUCGAAACGGGCAUCAUCGACCCCACGAAAGUUGUACGCACAGCGCUCACGGACGCCGCCGGUGUGGCGUCGCUGCUGACGACGGCGGAGGCGGUGGUAACCGAGAUACCCAAGGAGGACCCUCCGUCGCCGAUGGGCGGUAUGGGCGGCAUGGGCGGGAUGGGCGGUAUGGGCGGUAUGGGCGGCAUGAUGUAAACGUGUGACGCGCAAAGACUGAGAAAAGAGACAGCGCCUGCGAUCUCGCUCGUAGCGAGACGCAAUUGUGCCGCGCGACGUUGUUCAAAUAGUUCCAAACGUUGAUUCCGUUCGAACGGAAUAGGAGAUAUCCGUAUCGGUCAUGUACAAUUUGUACCUCGAAGCAUUACAGGCGAUAAGUCACACCCCCCACUCGUGUAGCACGAAACCAUUGUUGCGCUUUAUUCCCGUUCGUUCUGUUCCACGGUUCCGUAAUAUUGUUACCGAACGAGAUCGCUCGUUCUAUUUCAAUAAUAACGCAUGCGGUACACACAAAUGUCAAAAUACAAAUGCAUUUAAUGAUGUAAAAAAAACAAAGAUUACUGUAUGGAGUAAACUUGUUGACGUGUUUAUACAGAAUGUAGAUUAUGAUGGAUUCAACCAAUUACAUGAUAAUAAUUUUUACACCAGUUUAUUCUCUCCAUCGUCAUAUUUUUCCCGAUACUUGAGAUCACAAUUGUUUCGUGAGGCCAGACGCGAGAGUGAGCAGUUGAUUCGAUAUUUUAUACAGUUUUCUAGUUGUAGUGCGCAUUAAAAGACGAAAACCGUAAAGAUGAAUGUGCGUCUUAAUUGUGGAAGGUUAUAAUUACUUAGGCUUUCAUAAUUUUGUAAUUGAGUUUAUAUUUUCCGUUUGAAUAAAGGUAUGUUCGAA